UGUGACGUAUGCACAUACGGGGACUUCAGAUGACCAUAUAUGGAAGUCGUAGAACGCUUCCCAUUGGCUGUCUAAAAUUGGGUCAUUAUCUACCCAACUCGUGUCUCUCUAUUGUUUUCGCCAAUCAUUCGACUCUGGACAUUUUCUGUGUAAGAACCACACAGAAACCUGUGAGAGGUAAUCAUGAAGUGGUGUGUUCGUCUGCUGGCCCUGGUUGCUAUGGCAACAUUGAUUGACACCUCGAAUGCCGGGGUGAUCAGUCGGGCAAAGCGAGAAGUUAGCCUGGGUGAACUACAGUCCCUACUAGAGAGGUUGGACAGUGUUGUGGGAGAUCAGGAAGAGAGGGGCAUGGAGGAAGAAGACGACGUCGAUGAGGAUCUUGACGAAGAUGACAUGGAAGAGAGAGAAAUGGGGGAGGAGGAGAUAGGUUUAGAUGAUAAUGACUAUCUAGACGAAAAUGAUGGUCAUGUAUAUUUGGACGAGGAAGAAAUGGAAGAACAAAUGAGGGCGGACUAUCUCGAUGAAGAUGAUGAAGAAGAUUUCGACGAGGAUGACACUGAGGGAGAGAUGGAUGAUGCUGAACUGGCACUGAGAGAGCUCCAGGAUGAAUUUAAGAAACGACGGGAAGAAAUUCCAGUUCGAGAGUCUGUUAUGUCCAGUCUCGACGAACGGCUGUCUCGCCUGAUAGAACAACUGGAGGGACUGAAACAGAUGAAGAGAGAACAAGAAGAGGAUGUGGAUGAGACCAGAGCUAUGGAGAAGGAGGAGGAGAUAGAAUUGGAGGAACAAGAGGAAGAGAUGAGAGCUAUGGAGGAGAUGGAGGACAUAGAGGCGGCUGAGCAGGAAGAGGAGAUGCGAGCUAUGGAGGAGGAGGAGGAGAAAGAAGCAGCGGAGCAGGAGGAGGAGAUGAGAGCAAUGGAGGAGGAGGAAGACAUUGAGGCAGCGGAACAGGAGGAGGCGAUGAGAGCAAUGGAGGAGGAGGAGGAGAAAGAAGCUGCGGAACUGGAGGAAGAGGCCAGAGCUUUGGAAGAGGAGGAGGAUAUAGAAGCAGCGGAGCAGGAGAAGGAGAUGAGAGCAAUGGAGGAGGAGGAGGAGGUUGGUUUGGAGAAGGACCUAGAGUUGGUCGACGUGGAGGCUCAAGAUGCGCAGAUCGAGGAGAGGGAGAUGGCCGAGCAGGGUCUUGAUGCUCCAGAGCAACUGGAAAACUCUGAGACUGGUGGACUUGCCGCCCUGGCAGCCCAGCUGGAACAGUUGGAGCAGCAACUGCGUGAGACUAUGGAUGAGGACACUCCGGAGGAGGCUGGUCUGGACACUGAUCUGGAGCAGGUGGGGCGGUUCCUGGAGGAUCCUGUCCAAGCUCCGGAGCAACAGGUUGAAGAUAACAACAACUGGCAGGCCGGCGAAUACCUGGAAGUGCCGAACUAAAAUUUCCAAGAGUAGAGCGGCAGUGGACAUAAAAGUUCCAUCCAUGGCCGCAUACCGAUGCCGGUUCUCCACAAACCGCGAUAGGACGGCAAUUUAACCAACAAUGCCAUCGUUUUUACCUUUUUUUUAAAUCUUGAUAUGUCAAAUUUCAAUAUUAUAAUGGUGGCAUUCUGGAAUAAGCUAUAAAGUGCUUUUAUGAUAGAUAUAAAGAUCUUAACUAUACGGUACUCCGUCUUGACUAAAAAUCUCAAUCUAAUGCUGCUACUCGACUUGCGUCUUCUGUUAGAAUGCAUAUAUAUAUUCGGUAUGAAUCUAUUUAGUCCUUUAAGUUCUGGUAGAAUUGUUCUUUUGCUGAAAUUUAUGAUAGAUGGAAGAGAAUUAUGAUGUUUCGAUUUAGUUUUACUUCAUACAAGAUUGCAAUAUCUUCGGAACUUCGGAAAUAAAUGGGUGAAAAGCGAA